AUGGAAACGUGGGAAAACGCUACUCUGUUAGAGAAGAAGUAAGGACAGACUGCGAAGCGAACGCACGAUACGGGAGCACGGCAGCCCAGGGAAAGAAGAAUGGAUACCCUAUUGAAGCUGUCACGGGCAGGCACAAGCACCCUUCCUGAGAUCAUCGCGGACUUGAGACUCAAAGGUCGAAAAGCAGCUUGUUCCUACCUCUCGUCGCUGCUGGAGAAUGUGUCCUUCACCUGCCCGCACGGCCAUACAGCAGCCUCAUUCGCAGUAGAGCUGCUCACGACUGCAUCGGACGGCACGCCGGGUGUCAUUGAGCUGAGUGAUCGACAGGACGCUCUCGUCAGGAUAGCUGCCAAGAUCUACAUUGCGCUCGAUCUGACCCUGCAAGAGCUUGAAACAUGCGUCCCCGCACAGGCAGUGCCGUACACUUUACUGGCUUUGGAUGCUCAGCAGGAUCCAUCAGCGCAUCCGCAUCCUGUCCGAGAUCCUUUGGUUCUUAUUAGCCGCCAUCUUCUCCGAACUGUGGCGGCAGGUCAUCAGGCCGGCAUGGACAUCACACGGAUUACCACGCAUGCGGAAUUUGUGGAAAAGACCAUCGAAUCGUUACGGCCAGAGGCAUGCACGCUCGAUUGCGCCGUCGCAUGCCAAUUAUCCUACGAAGCCGGCGCAUACCGUUUCGCGCGGGACGAGUUUGACCUGGCGGGCUCUUUAUUCCGUACCUCGCGCGAACUUUGCGAUCAAAUGUCGUCUGCCCACCAAGUCAUCCCAUACUGCACAAUCACCCCUUCCGAGAUCGACCCCUACGUAACAGCAUGCCAUGGCGCCGUCACCGUCAAAUCCCCCGAUACCCCACCAACACAGACCGCCAUCACCACUGAAGGCGAUGCACUAGCAUUCAUCACCAAAUCCCGCACGACCAAAACUUUCGACAUCCCUCAACUCGAAGACCUCUUCCUAUCUGAGAUUGGACGACGCGCGGUCCCGCUGGAGAUGAAAAAAGCGGUCGUGGAGGAGUGUCGUGCCGCGGGACGUCAGAGCGAGGCAGCGUGUUUGGCGACGUGUAUUGCGUUGGGGACUGGGGAUGCGUUCGAUAUCCCCUCCUCCAUUAUCACCGACCUCCAAACCUCACCCACCACUUCCCAACCCCUCGCCGCCGUCUUCACCCGGGCCACCUCCAAAAAGUACAUCCUACCCCCUAUCCCACAAACAGCCUUAUCCCUCUGCCAUCGCGUCAGUCGCCCCGACAUCUGGGAAACUUUCAUCUCCACCGGCAUCGUCCCCCCAUCAUCAUACACACCGCACCACCUUACACCACCAACUAAACCCCCGACCGUACCAACACCCGCCCACCUCCGCAUGCACCUCCUCACCACCCUCCCAUCCACCCCAGACCUAUCCCUCUACCUCAGCCCCACCCUAUCCAUCCCGCCGCACCACCUCCUCCCCGUCAUCCACUCCCACGCCCGCACCGCUCUCAAAAAUCAGAAUUACACCCUAACAGAACAACUGUUAUCCAUCAUCCCCCACCUCCUGGCCGGAUUACCACUGGGAACACCCCAGGUGAUGGAUGAACGUAUGAUCGCGGAACUGAGGCACAUGCAAAUGACGGUGGAGCUUUGGAAACUCGCGGGUGUGUUUGAGCACGCGAAUGAUGCUGGGACGGGCCAGCAGCCGGAUUUAAGGUUUCUUGAGGUUUUGUUUACCGGAUUGGGGAAGGAGAAGUUUUUACCCGACCUGCAGUUCAUGGAACAUAUAUUCAUAAUCCUCGUCCGUCGCGGCGGGCUGUAUGACUACAUCAAAGCGCUGGCGACGCAUUUGUUGACGUUGACGCAGAAUGCGGCUUUUGCUCACCCGGAUAGAGCAAGUGUGUUGUGUCUGCUUGCUGAACUGGUCGCGUCGUGCGUGCUCGUGUUCUCGCAUUUGCCUGUCGGUGAAGAUGACAUAAAAACCCUCCAAUCCCUCGCCACCGAUCUGCCCAAACUCGCCGCGACGAAAGAGGCCAUAUUCCGCCUCGCGACCUUGUUGGGAAAUCCGGGGAUUGCGACGCAGCAUGAAGCCCACCGCCACCUCCUAACCAUAAUCCUCAAAGCCGUGCCCCCACCGCAGCUGACCGUGUUCCUGCAGUGUUUGAGCGGGGUGGUGGUUGGGUUGCAAGCGGGCGCUGGUGUGGAUGUUGUCAGACGCAUGGAACUCCACGGGCCCUGGGCCCAUCUGACGGACAAUACCGGUGGAAGCGGUCCAUUGCCUCCCAGUCUGACACCCCACCUGCCCGCCCUGCGCACACCCAUCCCCACCCAGUCCCAGCUCACGGCGCAAGCUGUGCCGUAUCUUGUGGUGUUUGUGAAGGGGGUCUAUGCGCGGUUGCUUGAUGCGGAGGAUGAUGGUGAUGAUGGCGGGAAACGUGUGGAUGUGCGACUGGAUAGAGCAACGAACCUGGUCCGGAUCGCAGAGUGUUGUUGCGUGAGCGCGGAGUGGCGGGAUGCCCUUGGGUGUUAUAUGGACGCCCUAGCGAUCCUGUCAAUGGAUUUCGGUAACAUGCCCGCCAUCGAGCAUCUGUGGGGAACGGCCGUGUUGCCGAAGAUGGUAUUGUGUGCCGAGAUGUGUGGAGAACACCUAGCAGCAGCAACCCUCACCCAACUUUCCCCGACCCUGAACGUGCUGACCGCGUUCGAGUGUGUCGAGAAGGCUCUGGAUAGACUGUUCCCCUCCGAGUCGUCCCACUCGACGGGGAACGAUGACAGGGAACAUGACGAUGACGAGAACUUGCAAAUGGAACGCGAGAUGCUGGCGCGGGAUGGUGGGUAUCAGACUGGCGUGGUGUCGGUGUUGUGGAAUGUGGAUGUGUUGGAGUUUGGCAUUGCUACAUUGAAACGACGCGGAACGGCGCCCGAGAUGCUCAACCUCCUCAUAAAAGCCACGGCCCGCCCCGAACUCUCCUGCAUCUCCCUCCCGGGCGCGAAAGAGGCGUAUGUCGGGCUUGUGCUCGGGCGGUAUUUGCGGUGGUUGAGGGCCCGUGUUGGUGCGGCGGGGGAGUAGAUUUGGAGUGCGCGCUGGUAGGUGGUGGUGUUUCGGGCUUUUUGGACGGAUGAGACUGAUGUGUAAAUCAGAUGUCUUUAUAUAUGCGAACGCGAACAGUCCCAAAAUGUGCAUGACAUUG